CAGUCGCUGAAGGCAGGCAGCUCAUUGACAGAAAUGAUGUGGAUCUUGUGCUUUCUCUGUUCCCUGGCAGUGUGGCUGGGCUAUGGACAGUGUCAGACUCUGACUCAGCCUGCACAACUGACUGUGAAACCGGGGAACACGGCCACACUGGACUGUAACAUUGGAACGGAUGAUAGCUAUACCGUGUACUGGUACAAGCAGACACCAGGAUCAGCUCCUCAGUGGAUCCUCUAUUACCAUUACUCGCUCAGUGCGCCUACCUAUGGGUCUGGGUUUAGCAGCGACCGUUUCACAUCGACAGUCAACAACGGUCACAACAUUUACCAGUUAAUCAUCAAAAACGUGGAGGUGAAUGAUGCCGCCGUGUAUUACUGUUACAAGUGGGUUAGCUCGGCCAGUGCUUAUAACAUCAGUGUGUGUGUGUUUGGGCAAGGGACCAAGCUCUUUGUUGCAGCUCAGCAACUCCCUGACCCUUCAGUAAAACUGCUUGGGCCUUCAGAUGAGGAGAUGUCCAGGAAAGGAGCCGGCACGUUAGUUUGUCUGGUCAGUAAACUGUCCAUGGGCUUUGCUGCGGUCAGCUGGACAGUGGAUGGGAGUCCGACGAGCAGUGAGGUCCAAACCAGCGUGGUGUCCCGUGACCCGGACAACAGCUUCAGUCUCAGCAGCUACCUGACCGUCCCUGGCGGUGAUUGGAGCAGUGGGAAGGUGUACUCCUGCACAGUGCAACAAGGAACAGCUUCAGAAACAACCGCAACAGUCUCACAAUCCGGCUGUUAAAUAUUUGGAAGUUUCACAUGUGUUUGCUGUCUAAUUUAGGCAGAAAAUGUCACUGAUCUUCCACCCCUUCACCAUUACCCACCCUCUUCCUCUGGAGUCUGCUGCAUUUUGUGUUCCUGUUUUGCUCUGUGUUUGUGCUGUAUUAUGAUUGAAGUGUUUGUACCUGAGGCAGGUUCUGUUCAGUUUCUCAUUUCAAGUUUGUGACCAGUGACUUGGCUCCAGUCAGGAAUUUCAGUUCAUGUGGGUGCUGUGCUCAACACCCUGUGCUGGAUUUCAUGUGAGUUCAUGAUCAGCCAACAGCAUCAGGCGAGUAAGAAUUGUUGCUGAGUGUAAUGUUCAAUAAAAAGAAUCU